CUUCAACAGGAUGGCUUUUAAAGAGCCGGGUUCCGUUGGCUCCGAAAGGUAACCCAACAACGACGACGACAAGCGUUUGCAUCCUUUCGCCGCCGCGGUAAUCCAAUCCGUUUAGCCCCACGAUUAAGUCAGAGUAGUCCGCACUGCACGGCGUGAGCCGUUGUCCCCGUGGCGACUACCCGUUACAAUCGUGGAAGAGUAGGACCGUUCCGACUUGAAUACCCUCGUUUUGAGGACUUCUAAUAGGAGGUGUCACUGUCCGUGAGAGUAGAGGCUGGCGCUAGGGUUUGGUUUGCCACACUCUUUUUUCGUGCGUCGCUUCUUAGUAACUAUGGACGUACAUUCUGGUUGAUUUGGGAAAUAAUGGGAUGCAAGGAUUACUGCAACUCAUUCGGGAUGGCAUAUACACACAUAUGCGCAAGAUUUCGGUCAUGCACUGUAAUUCCUAUUGUCGUAGGAUGGACAUCUUAAUGCAAGCCAAAAGCCAGAUCGUUAAUGGGUUGGAGCCGGCUAGAAUCAGGUGUUGCAUCAUAGCCACACCGAAAGGGCAACUUGCAAGCCCCACUUGCGUUCGCAGUUUGACUUGGCAAUUAGAUUUCAAUCCACGACGAGCUGCACAAUCUUUUAAAAAGACAAGCAGAGGACAAUCCAAUUUCUACAGCAAUAAAGAACUCAAAGCAACUGACAAGGAUCUGAAAAACAUCUCGAAGCCAUGACUGAUUUUCGUCCCCUUCCGCCUCACUGGAUAGUCCAGUUUGAUAGCAAUUACAAACGAAACUACUACGUUGACACGAGAACCGGCGUGUCCCAGUGGGAAUUCCCGCAGACAACUAUAACCACAAGUCCGGAAGAAGCUCCACCGCCUUACACACCAUCGAGCUCUACACCGUCCACGACCAAUCCUUUCCUUGCUGCUGCUUCAAUGCCAACAACUCAACCUACACAACCUAUCGCUGGCUUGAAAUCCGGUGCAGACACUAAAGCGGAAACAGUAACAGACGCUGAGCUUGCGCAGCGGCUAAGGCAAGAACAGGAAGACGAGGAGUUUGCUCGACGGUUGCAAGCCGAAGAAGAUGCAGCGGUAGCAGCGGCUGUAUCGUCAAGAUAUCAGGCUCCGGUGCAACAAUAUGCUCCGGUGCAACAAUACACUCCUCCACCUCCUCAACAAAAUCGAAGCUUCUUUAACCGACCGUCGUUUUUUGGAUCGUCUCAAACGCAACAGUCGUCUGGUCGUAUGAAUACCGGUGCAGCGCUAGGUGCUGGGGCGCUGGCGGGCGGAUUAGGAUUCUUGGCGUUGAGUUCUCUCGGACAUCAUCAUCAUCAUCACCAUGGUUUUGAUGACGGAUACUAUGAUGAUGGUGGAUGGGAUGGUGGUUUUGACGGCGGAUUCGAUGGAGGAUUUGGCGAUGGGUUUUAAGCAAUACUCGAGAAUUUUUUGUUACACGUAGAAGUGCAAUGUAUAUAGAUUGUUUUGUUGUCAAAUAUUUGCAUACAUGUAUAUGUUCAUUCCAGG